AUGGCAACCAUAACUACUACGGCCACCACGGCCAUUCGCCGUCCAACUCUGACCUUUCGCCCUCUUCACCCCUCAUUUGGUGCCGAGUGUGAGGGCGUGGACUUCUCUCAACCGGUCCCGGACGCCGUCAUCGGACAGCUUCGUGCCGCGAUGGCUACGUACGGCGUCCUGGUAUUCCGCGCCACCCGACUUGACGAUGCGCGCCAUACUGCCUUUGCGCGCCAAUUAGGUGAGCCGAUGGUGGAUAGCGCGGUCGGGAAACCGGGAGUACCAAACCGACUCGAUCCUAAAGGCGAGCUGAUGGAUAUUGGGAAUGUGGAUGGCGACGGUCGGAUCUUGUCGCCAACGUCGUGGCGGUCGCAGCUGCUCCGGGGCACACGCCUCUUUCACGUAGAUGGCUCCUACUUCCAACGCCGAGCGGGAUAUAGCCUCCUCCGCGCGCACCAAUUACCCCCAAGGGGAACCGGGGGUGCAACGGCAUUUGCCGACACCAGGACAGCUUAUGAGGACCUGGCAGAGGAGACCAAGAACAGAAUUCAGAAUUACAUGCUAUGGCACUCACUCAUGCAAAGUCGCUAUUUGGGAGCCCCAGACAAUCGGCUCAUCAGGUUAUUGGUUUCUGUCUCCGACGUGGAUGACCUCCGUCGUAUUCCAUAUUUGACGGCCGUGUUUCUGGUAGCCCGUGUACUGGGGAUUUGGGUCGAUAUGGUGGACGUCGGCCUGUUCCUGCUGUUCUCUUUCGCUUUGGGCCGGAUCCUAGUGCUGAGUUUGUUGCCCGAGGCUGCAACAUCGCGUGGGCUUCAUCCACUGGUACAACUGCACAAGCCCAGCAAUCGAAUGAAUCUGUACUUGGGAUCACAUGCAUACCAGAUAGACGGGAAGAGCAAGGCAGACAGCAAGCCCGUAAUUGAGGCAUUGAUGCGACAUGCUAGUCAGGACAAAUAUGUUCUUACCGUGGACUGGCAGAACAAUGGAGACAUGAUGAUGUGGGACAAUACUUGUGUGAUGCACCGAUCUUGUGGUGGCUCAUAUCAAGGACGGUAUGUGCGUGAUAUGCGCAGGGCCACAAUUUUUGACUCCGCGUAG